UUAAGGAGGAUAAAAUUUGAAGUCAAAGCCAAAAAUUAAAAAUGAGGAAAAGUCAAACUGGGAAGAAAGAAUUAGAACGGAGGGAGUAUAUAUUAAUAAUCUAUAUGUUAAGACGAAUCAAACAAGAUCACACAUGACUAUUUUUAGGUUUACACAUUGAGAGAAUUUGAUGAGUCAAAUCGGUUCUUCCAAUUUGCGAAGCAUUGGUGAUUUGGUGGCCAUACAUUUCCACCGAUCACAAAACAGAAUAUGCUUCAAAUUCCCCUCUUCGGUUUUCUUUCGCGUCUCUCUUUUCUUCAUCCGAAAACCCAAAGCUCAGUUCUUCUGCUUCGCUCCUCCAUCUCAGGCUCUCCUCAGGUGGCUUCUUAUACGACGUCGUCUCCUGCUAUGGCAUUUCAAAACAAACUCAUCUUCCGUCAGCUCUUCGAGAAGGAGUCGUCUACCUACACUUACCUUCUUGCCGAUGGUCUCCACCCUGAAAAACCUGCCCUGUUGAUUGAUCCAGUGGACAAAACAGUGGACAGGGAUCUUUCACUUGUUAAAGAAUUGGGCUUGAAGCUUAUUUACGCUAUAAACACACAUGUACAUGCUGAUCAUGUAACCGGCUCUGGUUUGAUCAAGAAUAAGGAUCCUAGUGUAAGAUCUAUCAUCUCCAAAGCAAGCAAUGCCCAUGCUGAUCGUUUCAUUGAACCCAGUGACAAAAUCUAUUUUGGCAAUCUUUUCUUGGAGGUUCGUGCCACCCCAGGGCAUACAUUAGGCUGUGUCACCUAUGUUACAGGGGAUGGAUCCAACCAGCCUUACCCACGAAUGGCCUUCACUGGUGAUACUCUGUUGAUUCGUGGAUGUGGAAGGACAGACUUCCAGGGCGGAAGUUCAGAUCAGCUGUAUAACUCGGUACACACACAGAUAUUUACGCUGCCAAAAGACACUUUAGUGUAUCCUGCUCAUGACUACAAGGGAUUAACUGUAAGUACAGUUGGGGAGGAAAUACAAUAUAACCCGCGCUUGUCUAAAGAUAAGGAGACAUUCAAAGACAUAAUGGCUAGUUUGAAGUUGUCAUAUCCAAAACUGAUGGAUGUUGCUGUGCCUGCGAAUAUGGUCUGCGGGUUGCAAGAUACAACAAAGCCAUAGCCCCUGCAUUGAUGUUCACCAUCAUUAUUAUAUCCGUUGCUGUAUUUUCGAGUGGUAACAAUCUUACCAAGGAAAAACGAAGUUGAGAACAUUGGGAGAUGAGAGGUUGAAGGUUAGCCGGAAACGGCAAUGGAUCCUGGAUACAAAUUAUGGUUGAUUCUUUUUCUGCAUUGCUGUAAUUUCAUGUCUCCAUUCUAUAAUGCAUAAAUUGGGUAUGUAUGUUUGAUUUUAUUAUAAUUAGAAGAAAUAUACAUUUAAUUC